AAACACACACUUAUUGAAUUUGAAGACAGUGUGCUUUCCUCUAAGAAAAGAAAAAGAAAAAGAUUAUGUACAGUCCCAAAGUGACACGUGCGAUUGAGAAAUUGAGAGAGGGUGACCUAGAGAUAGAGAGGGUAGCUUGGAAUCUGAAAUACUUGUGUUUCCCUUACUUUUCUUCGCUUCGACUCCUACAUUAGGUUUUCCUUCUGCGCGGAAAAACUCCUCAAUCCACGUUUAAAAUGUCAGAUGUGGAAGAGUAUCGUUGCUUUAUUGGUGGCCUUGCAUGGUCAACGUCAGAUAGAAAGUUAAAGGAUACAUUUGAAAAAUUUGGCAAGCUUAUUGAGGCAAAGGUGGUUGUUGACAAGUUCUCUGGCCGUUCUCGUGGUUUUGGAUUUGUCACAUUUGAUGAAAAGAAAGCAAUGGAAGAUGCUAUUGAUGCUAUGAAUGGGAUGGAUUUAGAUGGGCGAACUAUUACUGUUGAUAGAGCUCAGCCUCAACAAGGAUCAUCUAGAGAUGAUGGUGAUCGCUACCGGGAGCGUGGUCGUGAUCGUGAUCGUGAUCGUAACCGGGAUUAUGGAGGUGGUCGAGGAUCUAAUGGUGGUGAAUGCUUUAAGUGUGGUAAACCUGGUCAUUUUGCUAGGGAAUGCCCCGGUGAAGGGGCAAGAGGGGGAAGUUAUGGUGGUAGGGAAAGUCGAUAUGGUGGAAGCAGUGCAGGUGGUCACUAUGGUCCAGAUAGAAAUGCAGAUCGUUCUUCAGGUGGGCGCUACAAGGAUGCUGGUAAUCACGGAGAUUCUGGAAAUGAUCGAUAUUAUCGUGAUCGUGCAGGACCGUACGAGCGACGUGGAUCAGGAGGCUUUCGUUGAUAUAGUUUAUUUAGUCUUUUUCGAUGAGCUUUGAAGUUGAAGGGAUUGCUGUUAAUGCUUCAACUUUCUUUUUAUUCACACUUCACAAUGUUCUGGACUUCUGGGAUUAUUGUUUGGAUGGAUCAAAGAUACCAGUGUUUUGAUAUGCAAUACUCAGCACAUUUUGCAAACUCUUUAUGUUCCUAAAUGCUGAUCUUUUGGUCUGUUGAAAUCUUAUGCAUACUAGACUUACGGUCAAAUUCGAUGUUGUGCUCUAUGCUAUCUAUAAUUGCUGCUGGGUGUCUUGUGAAUUGUGACUUUCAUGCAUGGGGAGUUGCAUAUGACAUAUUUGCUGCUGGAUUACCUGAUUCAGUUUAUAAGAGGUAUUGGAAACUUUUAUGGUGUUGGAUGGAUGAGUUUUGGAAAGACCAAGAUGGUGGUCCAAAUGUGGAGUUUUGCUUCUUCUCAUUGGGAGAAGGAAGUUUUAAAGUAGAAUGCCCAUUUGGCUAUCCCGUCUCAGGAUCUGAGUAAAAAGUAGUCAAGCGGGUAAAUUAUUGAAUAUUUGUCUCAUACACCUAUUAUCUUAUUUGCAAGAUUUCUGUUUAAGUCUGUGCUUUAUUAAUGUUAUUGACCUUUUGGCAGGAUUCUUGGCUAAAUGUGGUCAUUUUGGAUUCAUCAUUGGGUUCCUUUGUUGCUAAUUGGACAUGCAUGGUUUUUUAAAAUUAAAAUUCUUUUCAGCUGCAAAAGGCCACCUACAAUUGCACCCAAUAUGCAUACCAUAUUGUUUUCUUCACGGGGCACUGAUGGAAGGGGGUUCCAUUUUCUAUGAUUGUGGCACAUUGUUUGGAAGAUCUUGAUGAGUUGAGCAACUGCAAUCCACUGUUUUUUUUACAUUAUUGCUCUAUUUGGUGGAAGAUUGCUCUCAUCGAACUUUUUACCGCCUGCAUGUGAUGUUUUGUUUGCUGAGAUCCAGUUUGUGUUACCAUCAUAAAGCUAUAGUCAAACCCGUGUUUGGUCCCAACUUUCUAUUCUCAACCACAAGGUUGGGCUCACUAAUAUCAGAUUUGAGAUUGUGCCUUACUUAACCACCUCACUAUGAUUAUGAAAGGAAAUUGAUUGUGCUUUUCGCUAGGAUUGUAUAAUUCAUCUGUUAGGGUCUGUGUUAAAAAUUUAUUAAUGUUUCUAUAUCUGUUGUCAUCAUGUUAUAUGCCACACAACAUUCAUUUAUUUUGUUUAUCUUGUCAAGUGUUAUGUUUGACUGAUUUUCGUUUUCUUAUUGUUCGGUUGAAUUCUAGGAUUAAUUAGUUUUGUUAUAUGCUUUUGAUCUUUUCUGAGCUAACGCGUUGUGACGUAGGAAAUAAUUAGAGCACAGAAUUGAACCGAAUAUCUAUGUAUGCAUGCAUUUGCCCUAAAGAACGGGAUAUAGCUACCAUAGUGUUCCUUACAGCCCUUAAUCCGUAAUUUAGAUGUGUGCCCAAAAGUUGAUGCGACAUUGUUUAUAUUCUAUGUA